AUGGAUCAUGACGAACUAUAUGAUGCUGGUGGAGUCUUCAUUGGUGUUAUAGCCAUAAUCAUACUGAUCAUUGUUGUUUCUUACUGCCAUCGCCGGCAAUCUCUGGUGGAUAUUUCAGGUCAUGAUGAUGAACCAUCUGCAACAUUUGAACAAGGCCUUGAUGAAGCUACAAUAUGUUCAUAUCCAAAGCUGCUUUACUCAGAAGCCAAGCUGCACAUGCGUGAUUCAAUAUCAAGUAGUUCUCCUUCUUCUUCAUGCUGCAUAUGCUUGGCUGAUUUUGAAGACAAGGAUGUAUUGAGAUCUGUCCCUAAUUGUGGCCAUUUCUUUCACCAAAUUUGCGUGGACAAAUGGUUGCUGCUUCACCCCACAUGCCCAGUUUGCAGAAACGAACUUGUCGAUCCAUUGACUUAUGUUGGUUCUGUAGCUGAGGUCUAG